UUAAGAUUUUUAAAAGAAUUUUCUCCUUUAUAUUCCCAAGAAAAUUUGAGACUCCAUUCUUAUGACCCUACCAUAACUAUAGGGGGUCUCUGAAUCCACACAAGAUAGGAAUGCUUUAGUAUCAAUAUAACAAACAUGGCCUUAACAGUUAUGGAGAAGAUUCCUCUUUUUUUUUUUGUAUACAAGUAUUACUUAAAAUUCAAUCCUGAUUUUAGCCAACUCUAACCCAGGGUCCAUAAUUUAAAAUGCAAAAUAAUUUAGUCAACACAACUUUGAUUUGCAGAUCGAUAGUGCUUUUGGGGAAGAUUUUGAUUUUUUUUUUAAAAUAGCCCAAUUAAGACAUUGAUCCCCUAUUGUGUCCCAAUUAACCCUACCAAGGGGUCAUUAUUUGAACAAUUUAGAGUAUCAUGUAUUAUGUCAAGAAGCUUUCACAUAAGAUUUACCAUUUUUUGGUCCAGUUGCUUUUGGGAAGGAGAUUGUUUAAGAUUUGUUCCAACAUAUUCCAAUGUAAAACUUUGAUUCCCUAUUGUAGCCCCACCCUACUCCUGGGGUGAUGCUUUCAAUUAUUUAGAAUCAACAUUAUAUCAGGAAGCUUUCACAAAAGUUUCACCUUAUCUGCCACGAUGGUUCUUCAAAAGAAUUUUUUUUAAUGACCCCACUAUAUAUUUUGCCUUUUCUUGAUUAUUUCCCCUUGGAAAGGAACUGGUCCUCUAUAUGAACAAUUAAGAAAUGAAUACAGCACGAAAAAGAUCUUUUCAAACAGUGUACAAAAUCUAUAUUAUAAAAAUACUGCAAUGAAUAUUCUUAAAAUAGAAAUAUUCUUAUAUUCUUUUUGUUUUCAUUAAAUUCAAGAAAGUAAAUACGAUUACAACGGUACUGUAAAAUAAAUCAUCAUUACUUCAUUACUAAAACUAUAAAAUAAAUUCUUUCAAUAGAGAAAAACAACAAUGUAACAGUGAGGUUAAAUUAAGCCAUGCAGUGUGUUAUAAUUUAUUACAAAAAUGUAUUCAACUCUGGUAGUGAUGGGAAUUGAACCCAUGUCUUAGACUGUCCGUACACUACCUAUAAUGGUGUUAGAUUGGUGCAGUAGAAGUGUUAGAAAAGUAGUAAAGAUUUCAGCAAGCAGAGAGAAAGAGCUUCAAUUGUGUUAUAAAGAUCUUUAUAUACACGAAAUUGGGAAAAAUUAGGUUGUUUUCAUACUAAAUUAUAUAUAACUCAACCCCAGCCAUCACCAUCCAUACAUAAUAUUUUAAAUAUAUCAUGAGAAAUAUAAAGGAAAAUGUGCAUAAAAAAAUAAAAAUAUGUGCAAAGCAAACUAAAUAUAUAUUCAUCUAAGGCAUGUUAAUGUAUAUAUAAACUGCUAUUCUGAGAAUCAAACCCAUGUCCUCUUCUUCAUAAACCUGAAAUAAAUUAAAACAUCUUCACCUAAAAUCGGUAUUUCAAUCAUCAAUAUAAUUAAAAUCAGACUUCUUAAAUUCAUGCUGUAUACUCUGCAUAAGCGAUUGUGAGCGUAUCUUAGGGUCUGAUUUUAAUUAGAUUGUUCAAUCAUCUGUCACAAAAAUGUAACAAUAGUUCAAUAUCUUGCAAUUGCUGCAAUCAUAAAAUGUCAAAAUAAGACUAACUAGAGCUGUCUCAAGGAUUAAGGACUGAUGACCCUGCAAGGUAAACAGAAAAGGUUCACUUUAAAAUAGCUUAAAGAACUCUGCUAUUUUGUCCAAAUUCUAAUGGAAAUGUUAUAAGGAAUGAAUGCAUGUUGAGAGCAAAAAUUGCAGUGAGUAUCAAAAUCUAUCAACAGUCCAAGCAUCAAAUUGUCAUGGACCAAAAAUAUUUAAAUUCUCAGUUCUACGACCGUGACUCUUCCAAUCCAAGGUUUUGUCCUUUCAAAUUUUAAAUUUCUAAGAUAUAUCUUGAACUCUGAGACCUUGACUUUUGUAUUAAUGAUAUUUCUUUCUAACCUUGUUAAAACAAUCAUAGUGCAGGGUUGUUACACCUCUCAAAAUCACAAGUAUCAUUCAUGUCUUGUAUAAUCUUCUUGGUUUUUUCCACAACAAAGUUAUGGUUAUGGCAAGAAUUUUAUUCUUAUAAAACUGGUGUCCUUGACCUUAUCUGAAUUACUCUGGUUUAGGGUCAGGACAUACCUUUAAGUCUAAAGUACCCUUUAUCUAAAGUAUAAGCUUUGAUUUUUUUUUUCAUUUCAAAGUAUAUGGCUAAAACCAUAUUUUAAUACGUUACUUACAUGUAGUACCCUGUGACCUUGUCAAAAAUGACCUUCAUACUGGGUCAAGGCAUAUUUCUGAUAGGAGGUUCCUUGUGGAAGCGAUUUAAAUUAAAAACAUUGACAUUUACAAAAUGUUUUCUCUUAUCGGUGACUUUUUUUUCUACAUUCCUUCUACCACAGGUGUGCUCUUUGAAGUAGAAAAGAUGUGAAAGAAGAACCCUAAAUAAGCUUGCACUAGACACACCCCUAUCUUGUACAGCUAUUUACAGAGCACUGAAUGAUAAUUAUAACUAUUGAUCUGAAUAAUGGUUAUAAUUAAAUUUUUAAUCUGUGUCACUGCAAAGUAGUACUUUAUCAAUAAAAGCAAUUAUACAUCACAUGCCAAUUUAUAUUAUCAAAGAAAAAUGUAAAUGACUUUUUAUAAGAUAAUUUGCAAUGCAAAGUGUCUGAUGACUGCAUGAUUAUAUGAUUGCACCUUAAAUAAGUAUUGCAUUUGAAAUAAAGGUACUUAUAAGCUGAACUCUUUUUCAUUAUUCAAAUGUGAGCAUCCAAAUCAUUGCUAGCCAAAGUGAUAUAAGCUAAACUAAGACAAUUGAUAUAUUAUAUAUGCAUGACGACAUGUUUGGAAAGAUAAAUCUAAGUUUGUCAAAGUACAGUGCUAAAGAUAGCUUAUAUAUAGAAAAUACUAUAUUAUAAUAUGAAUAUUCAUUUUGAAGCAACCCCAUUCACAAUUUUUUUUUUUUUACAAUACAAUGCAUAUAUUUAAAAUAUUAUUCACUCAUAUACUUCUGCAUGAGCACAAUUAAGUCCUGAACCCAAUUAACAUUUAUGAAUGUUUUAUAAUAUUUCUUUCUAUAUAUUUAAUUUGUUUUAAUUUUCAAAUUGGUCAUUAUAUCUUUCAAUUAUUUGACUAUGAUUACACCAAAAUAAAGCAUUUAUCAUGUUUAUAAAUCCAUAUUUCUUUUAUUUUACUUUUGAAUCAUAAAUAAAAUAAACCUGAUUUAACAUUAUUUCUUCAUCACCAAAAUCUUAGAUGAUAUAAUGAUUGAACUGACACAUCAUGGAAUUAAAUCCAGUUAUAGAUAUGAAAGAUGCUGUACACACAGCAGAAAUAAUAGAUAGAAUCAAUUGUAAUUGAUUGUUCAGAUAGGACGAGGUCAUAAUCACAGGUAGCAAUAGCUACAGGUAAUCGGAGGCGUGGACAUGUUACAUUCUUGACCAAUCAGCUGCAUCCAACAGACCAUUUUAACUUCUGUACCCAUUGUACCCUAGGUUAUGUAGAGCCACCUCAUGUAAUUCUUACUUUCAAUUUCCAUGAUUUGUGUUGUACCCUUUCUGUAACUUUUGUAUAAAGGAAUAUAGAGCAUGUAACCUUGGGUACAAAAGAAGCACUUAAAAACAGAGUCCUUAUUCCUUGCCAUAUAUGUGAUUAUUUGGCAAAUAGAUAUUGUUUAAAUUGAACCUGAUCAAAGCAUGAACAUUACAAUAGAUAUAUUGUUUAAAUCACGGGCACUGGAAGUUAAUGUAAAUAUAUAGUAUGUGCAUGUAUAAAAAAGGAGGGGGGGGGGGGGUCCAUACCAAAUGUGGAUAUAUUUUUAUACAUGCACAUACUAUAUAUUUACAUUAACUUCCAGUGCCCGGGGUUUAAAUUGAACCUGAUCAAAGCAUGAACAUUACAAAAUUUAAUCUGUACAUACAUGAAGCUGCGCUCGCUCAAACGGUAGCACCGUCACCAUAUUAAUUUAACAAAUGAUUAAAAAGGAACAUACCACACAGAAAAUAGCUAGCGCAAUCAUGACUGAAUUUGUUUACCGUUCAGGAUUCAAAGCGAAAGAAAAAGUUACAAUGCGCAUGCGCAACUCUGUAGCAGGGAGCUGCCGAAAGUUGAAUUUGUUAAACACGGGCUCAGUGUCUCUCUUUCGCUUUUUCCGAACUGGUGAGCUCCAAGGUCAAUGCACAUCGGAGGUUACGAGCAGGAAUUACUGACAGGAUGACAAUGAUUCAUGGAUUCACAUUUUUUGCUAACUUUACGGGUUUAUUGCUUCAGAUUCACUCUGAUUCUAUUAAGUUAGGGUAAAUUGGGGCAACUGGGACAUCGGGGUAACUGGGACACUGUAAUAUUUUUCAUCGGUAUCUGAAAAAUCCUUUAUAGCCCUAGUAUGAAAUUCUUCUGUUGAAAACAUUACCUCAGUGUCGUCUGCUAAAAAGUGAAAUUUGGCAGCUGAAGACGAAAUAAACAGAACAAUUAUCGGGUCUUUGAUCCGAAAGGUGUUCAUAAAGGGGAGGGGAGUGUUAAAGAGAGAAAUUUUCGAUCUGGGCAGAUCCAGGAAAGGCAAGGCAGUUUACACGCCGUCAAAGGUUAAGGAAGUCAAAGUGAAGGCAGCAGAAAUAUAACGUUGCCAUUAAGGUAAUCAAUAAAAAAAAGGUAUCCCAAGAUUUCCUCGACAAGUGCCUUCCAAGAGAAUUGGAAAACCACUCCAAACUUCACUCCCAUAAACACGUGGUACGCAUAUACGAAACCAUGCAGACACGCGAAAAUGCGUACAUAGUGAUGGAUUAUUGUCCGAAUGGCGAUUUGGUGGACUUGAUCAAUCGACACGUGAGAGGAGAUGAAAGAGGAAUUGGCGAGCCUAAAUCUAAAAAACUUUUCAAACAGCUCUGCGAGGCCGUACAUCACAUGCACAGUGCUGGUAUUGUACACAGGGAUUUGAAAUGUGAAAACAUUUUGCUUGACAAAGACUAUAAUAUACAGCUAACCGAUUUUGGGUUUUCUCAACGUUGCAACGAAAGUAACCAGAUGCUGAAAAUCCGUUGUGGAACAUUUUCAUAUACUGCUCCGGAAGUGAUGACUGCCAAAUCUUACAACGGUUUCCAAUCUGAUAUUUGGAGUCUAGGAGUCACUUUGUUUUCAAUGGUGAACGGUCGUCUUCCAUACAACCACUCACAACUCUCGGCAAUGGACGAAGACAUGAAGUUGCAGAGGUUGAAAUUUCGGCCAAACGUUUCAUCUGACUGCAUAGAGUUAAUAAAGAAGAUGUUGCAAUUUGCACCAAACCAUCGUCCAUCUAUCCGAGAGGUACUGGAGGAUCCUUGGUUAAAUGGAAGUAAACCAAUUCGAAGACAACUAAAUCGUCCCAAAUGGGAGACACAGUGUUCCCUCAAAGUUCCUGAAGUCUCGCUGAACGUUGCCGCAACUAGUAAAGUGGGGACAACUGCAGAUCGCAAGGCGCAUUCUAUCAGCAAAAAAUGUGCUGCAUCAACCAAGCCAAGAACUGUGAUUGGGACGGUUUUAAUUAAUCGCAAUGCGGGAGAGACAGUUACUCUUAAAAGUCCGUUACUGACACAAAAACCUACUACAUCAGCUCGCCCUCAACAAACAGACAGGAGUGUACAAAGGGCAAAGGUCACAAAGACUCGCCAAAAUGUAGAUUCGAAUAACGUGGUACAAGCUAUGAUGGAAAGGAAACUUCAGUUGGAAGAUGUUCGUUUAGCGAAUGGUGCACGCUUGACGCAGAAAGAACAAAUACCAUUCAGGAUCAUUAAGGAAGUGUUGGAAUCACACCAACCAAACAAACAUGAUGAGAAUACAACGAAACCCGAAGAGAGUCGCGCUGUUCCUAAGCAGUCAAUAACCAGCCGUAUGGGUUUUACUUUACAACGUAAAAAUCCACAUCAAGUCUCUACAGUACCAAAAUAUGUUUGUACUGUUCCAAAACCAUCAGAAGUAUAUCCAUCAUUUCAAGUCAAGCAACAGCAAAGAGUGCAUCCCCCUUUACUAAAGCAAGGGGCACAUCCUCUUUCAGCUAAAUCUAUAGUGCCACAUCCACCACAUAAAGAUAGCGCACAACAUCCACUAAUGAAGACAAACGUGCCCUAUCAAAUAUCUAAACUUGGUGUGCCGCAUCCAAUAGCGAAGUCUAAUGUGCCUUAUCAGCCACCCAAACCUUGUGUGCAGCAAACGUCAUCUAAACCUUGUCCGCCAGCUACAUCUAAGCCUGCAGUUCAACAACAGAGACGACGACUGGUUUUCCUCAAAGAAGCAGAAAAAAGAAACAUAGUCAAAAUUUAAGUCCUGGCAUGUCUAAAGCUUAUAGUAUGGCUCCCAGUGUGGGGAAAUCUACGAACUCAUCAAAGGGGGCGAUUGUUCAACCCUACCAGAAAAUCGCCAUGUAGUCACAAAGAAGGUGGUAUAUAGUAUUAACCUUAUUAUGUAUCAAUUAAAAUCACUAAUUGAGAAGUCCUUUGUUUCCAUGGGAACUUUCUCAGAUUUUUAUACACAAGUUUAUACAAUAUUAGAAUAACGAAAUCAGUCUGUAGUUACAUUAUUGGAUUGUAUUCUUAGAGACCAGAAUUCCAGCUUGAAAAAAACAAACAGAAUUAACACAAAGUACUACCAAACAACACAGCAUAUACACUGUAUCUAGCAGAAUGUUCCAAAUGCUGUAGAGACAGGGUAAUAGGAUGGUAAGAAAGUUCACCAUGGGUGAGAAGUAAGUAGUUUUCUCUAAAACUCAUCUUCUUGUCGGUAAUUGGAAAAAUGGCAAUGUCCUUGAUUCAAAUAAGUGUUUUCCUUAUCAUGACAACCAUGAUAAUCGGCUACAUUGUGUGGCCUCUACUCCGGAUUAAAUGUGAAACUACCCAACUUCAAAUCACGUAGAUUAAGAAGGAAAACCAAACCUUUAUUGAUACGGUGAUUCCACCCAUACGGACAAUAAUUUCAUAACUGUAACCUUCUUAAAUUCUGCAUUUUCGUGCAUGAAGUGCAAGAUUAUUGAAGAUGAAGGCAAAAUAUAACAAGGACCCUGCAACAAAAGAUAUUCUAAAAGUGAUUAUUAGUGAUAGGGCGGAAUGUAUUCAAAUACUGAAUACCAAUGGAAAACCCCAAAACUUGGCAAAAUGUUGAGUACAGUUUUUAACUAUUUGUAACUUAUCGUAUGGAUCCUAUAUUCGUUGGAAUGCCUUCCCAUCGAAAAAAAAAAUAAGUGAAAACUUGUUACAUUUAGACAUUCAUAUAGAUACAUGCAGUCGAAGAAAAAUCUAAACAAUUUGAUAAAGCUAGGGUUGGGUGUCCCUAUGACAGCAGAUCUGAAAGGAUGAAUGUUUCUUUAUUUUCAGAUCAAUAUCGAAAAUUGCCAAGAAGCAAGCGCUGUCAAAGUUACGUGAAUAUAAACAACCGUCUUUCUCAGCUAAAAUAAAAUAAGAAACACAUUCCUAAAACUAAUUCCUAAAACCAUAGUUUUCGUUUAUUUUAAAAGGGUAAAUGAUAAAAUCAAACAGAAUAAGCACUCUGAAAUUGUUUAAUUACGGUUUUAUGUCGUAUUAACAAUAAUUUAGCCAUUUUACGGCGGUUAACUAACUGAAAUAUGUUUGGUUCUGAAUGUUGGAGUUAACCUGAAUUCAAUGUCUGGUUACAUAUUUUUUUUCAUUUUGACAUUUGACAUGUAUAUCGUCACCGUCUCCCAGCAAUAUUCCCGGAAGUGGAACGGAACUAAAAAUCCAAAAUGGAGGACUAGAAAAGUUCAGAGAAUACGAAUUUUGAAUUUGAACCCAUAUUAAAGAAUAUAAAGAGAUUGUAAUGGAUGCAGAUGGACGGCUGAGACAAAAUUGUCAUCACAGGAGAGGAUAAGUAAGCACAGUUGUAUGUAAAUGUAGGAGUCAGCUUCUGUGGAAAAGAGAGCUCAGACAUUCGUGUAGAUCAAUAUCGAAAAUUGCCAAGAGGCAAGCGCUGUCAAAGGGACGUGAAUACAAAGAACUGUCUUCCUCGGCUAAAAUAAAAUAAGAAACAUAUUCCUAAAACCAUAGUUUCCGUUUCUUUUAAAAGGUUUGACAUGUAUGUCGUCACCUUAUCCUAGCAACAUUCCCGGAAGUGGAACGGAACUGAAAAUCCAAAUGGAAAACUAGAAAAGUUCUGAGAAUACGAAUUUUGAAAUUGAACCCAUAAUAAAGAAUACAAAGAGGUUGUAAUGGAUGUAGAUGGACGGAUGUGGCAGAAUUGUCAUCACAGGACAGGAAUAAGUCGGCACAGUUGUAUGUACAUGUAGGAGUCAGCUUCUGUGGAGAAGAGAGCCCAGACAUCUGCACUCUUUUUACGGAACAUGAUACGUCAAAAUAUAUCCACGUGAUUCACAAUAGAAACUAGUACUUAACAAAUUCAAAUAACUUUUUAGAAGCAAACAUGGUGAUGUACUAUAAAAUGCAGCACAGCGCCUUCAUCUUGGUAUGUGUUGACAACAUAACACCUUGAUGAUUGACAAUUCUAUCUUCAUAACAAUAGUAAAUUCAAAUGUACAAUAAAAUCAGUAGUGCUUUGUGAACUUUGGAAAGAAAUCACUGAAAAUUAACCAUCUAAAUGCAAUUUCACUCGAUUUUUACACGUGAUUUCCAGUAUAUAUGUGUUUGUAAACAAUGAAUGUAACAUGUACAGUAUAUCAGUAAAGAUCAUAUUCUCUUU